AUGUUCCGACGUCAGACUCAGACUGACUGAGCUCCGGGUUAGAGGCUCAAUCUGCGGCCAGCGGCAGCAGAGGUGGUGGGGAGGAGAGGAGCAUUUGAUCCGCGUCUUUAUGCGCCCCCGCCCCCUGUGGCUCCUUCACCGGCGCAGGGAGAACAAAAGACGGACAAACUGCCUGAUCACAGGCGCCAGCCCUGCUGCUGCUGCUUUCUUUUCUUCUUCUUCUUCUUCUGCUUCUUCUUCUUCUUCAUCAUCAUCAUCAUCAUCGAGACUGCAGACCGGGGGUUAUUAGCCUGAUGCUCAGCUCAGCUUGCUAGCCUUUGUGGCAGGGACUCUCCAUGAACCCACGGACCCCCUAAUCUUCACCCCUCAGAAGCGGGCUGGGAGAAGCCUCAGCUCCUCGCAUUGAGAUUCUCCAAAAAACAAACAAACAAAAAAAAAAACAAAGAUCAGCCUCUGAGUGGGCAGACAGCAGCAGAGACUGCGCACACCUCCGGCUGAGGAGCAUCUUCUGCCCCCCGGGCUCGGUUCUACACGUCGUCGCCUUUAGUGUGCAGCCUCCACAGCCUGACAGGAACCGAGGGGCGAUUGAUGUGCAGGCUCCAUCGCAGAUAGGAUACAAUGUUGCGCAUCGCGGCCAACGUGCUGGCGGCAGGGCUGCUUUUCCUGGGAUUCCUGCACAGUUUGGAGGUGGUCGCUCCGUCCAGGGCUGUCGACGCCCCCAGGAGUUGCAGCCCGAAGCAGUUUGUGUGUAAGGAUGGAGUGACGUGCAUCUCCAAGGGUUGGCGCUGUGAUCGCGAGAAGGACUGCCCAGACGGAUCAGAUGAGGAUCCUGAUGUUUGUCCACACAGCACGGUUUCACGCUGCCCACCCAACGAGUUCCAGUGUGGGGGGACAGAGCUGUGCAUCCACAUGAGCAAACUGUGCAACGGCGUCUCGGACUGCACCGACGGCUGGGAUGAGGGACCUCACUGCAGAGUGUACAUAUCGAACUGCUCGAUCACUGGCUGUCAGGAAAAGUGUGCGGUCACCCCUCAGGGUCCGGCUUGCUACUGUAAGAACGGCUACGAGAUCAGCUCCGAUGGAAGGACAUGCAAAGACUUCGAUGAGUGCAGUUUGUACGGGACCUGCAGCCAGACCUGUACAAACACCGAAGGCUCCUACACCUGCUCCUGUGUGGAGGGCUAUCUGCCGCAGCCAGACAACCGCUCCUGCAAAGCCAAGAAUGUUCCGGUGGAACGGCUGCCCGUCCUCCUGAUAGCCAACUCCCAGAACAUCCAGGCCACCUCCCUGAGCGGCUCCACGGUCCACAGCCUGCUGUCCACCAGCACCAAGCAAACCACAGCCAUGGACUUUGUCUAUGCCAAGGAGACAGUCUGCUGGAUCCACGUGGGAGACUCCCCCUCAUCCACACACCUCAAAUGCGCCUCAAUCCCGAACCUGAAGAGCUUCGCCGAGGAAAAAGUCAUCAACAUCUCUUUCAGCCUCCACCAUGUGGAACAAAUGGCCAUUGACUGGCUCACCGGAAACUUCUACUUUGUGGAUGACGUGGAUGACAGGAUCUUUGUGUGUGACAAGCAGGGGCAGACAUGCGUCACCCUCCUGGACCAGGAGCUGUACAACCCUAAAGGCAUCGCUCUGGACCCCAACAUGGGGAAGGUGUUCUUCACAGAUUACGGUCAGAUCCCCAAAGUGGAGCGCUGCGACAUGGACGGCCAGAACCGCACCAAGCUCGUCGACAGCAAGAUCGUGUUCCCCCACGGCAUCACGCUGGACCUCGUCAGCAGGCUGGUGUACUGGGCUGACGCCUACCUGGACUACAUCGAGGUGGUGGACUACGAGGGCAAGAACAGGCACACCAUCAUCCAGGGGCUGCUGAUUGAGCAUCUGUACGGGUUGACAGUGUUUGAAAACUAUCUGUACGCCACCAACUCAGACAAUGCCAACAUGCAGCCUAAGACCAGUGUGAUCAGGAUCAACCGCUUCAACAGCACAGACUACCAAGUGGUGACCCGAGUGGACAAAGGGGGCGCUCUGCAUGUGUACCACCAGAGACGUCAGCCUCCAGUGCGCAGCCACGCGUGCGAGGUGGAUCAGCUUGGGAAGGCCGGAGGCUGCUCCGACCUCUGUCUCCUGGGAAACGGACACAAGACCCGGACGUGCCGCUGCCGCUCUGGAUUCAGUCUAGGCAGUGAUGGGAAGUCCUGCAAGAAGCCUGAACACGAACUCUUCCUGGUCUACGGUAAAGGCCGCCCGGGUGUCAUCAGGGGGAUGGAUAUAAAGGCGAAGGUACCAGACGAGUACAUGAUCCCGAUCGAGAACCUGAUGAACCCCAGAGCUCUCGACUUCCAUGCAGAGAGCGAGUUCAUUUACUUUGCCGACGCCACAAGCUACAUCAUUGGGCGACAGAAGAUUGAUGGGACAGAGAGGGACACUAUCCUGAAAGAAGGGAUCCACACAGUCGAGGGUAUUGCUGUGGACUGGAUGGCCGACAAUUUGUACUGGACAGAUGACGGGCCCAAGAAGACCAUUAGCGUAGCUCGGCUGGAAAAGGCUUCGCAGACCCGCAAAACCCUCAUCGAGGGGAAAAUGACUCAUCCUCGUGCCAUUGUGGUGGAUCCUCUUCACGGGUGGAUGUAUUGGACAGACUGGGAGGAGGACCCCAAAGAGAGCAAAAGAGGCAAAAUUGAGCGGGCCUGGAUGGAUGGCUCAAACAGAAACGUCUUCCUGACUAGCAAAACGGUGCUGUGGCCCAACGGGCUCAGUCUGGACAUCCCGCAGGGCAUCCUCUACUGGGUGGACGCCUACUACGACCGGAUCGAGAUGGUCUACCUCAACAACUCCGGGCGAAAGACGGUGUAUGAAGGUCAAGAACUGAACCACGCCUUCGGUCUGUGCCAUUAUAGCCACUUCUUGUUCUGGAACGAGUACCGAAGUGGCAGCAUUUACAAACUGGACACCACCACCGGCACCGCCACACUGCUUCGUAACGAGCGCCCGCCCAUCUUUGAGAUCCGGAUGUACGACGCUCAGCAGCAGCAAGGUUCUAAUGCAUGUCGUGUGUACAACGGUGGCUGCAGCAGUCUGUGUCUGGCCAUACCAGGAGGCAGACAAUGUGCCUGUGCAGAAGACCAAAUACUGGACCCGACUGACAACACCAGUUGUAAAGCCAACCCGUCUUACGUUCCCCCUCCUCAAUGCCAGCCGGGGGAGUUUGCCUGCAAGAACAAUCGCUGCAUCCAGGAGCGCUGGAAAUGCGACGGGGACAACGACUGUCUGGACAACAGCGAUGAGACUCUAGAGUUAUGCCACCAGCACACCUGCCCUGCUGACAGGUUCAAGUGCAAGAACAACCGCUGCAUCCCUCUGCGCUGGCUGUGCGACGGGGACAACGACUGUGGCAACGGCGAGGACGAAUCCAACACCACCUGCUCAGCUCGGACCUGCCCGCCCAACCAGUUCUCCUGUCACAGCGGGCGCUGCAUCCCCGCUUCCUGGAUGUGCGACCUGGACGAUGACUGUGGCGAUCGGUCAGAUGAACCUGCAUCGUGUGCCUACCCCACCUGCUUCCCCCUCACGCAGUUCACCUGCAACAACGGGCGUUGCAUCAACAUCAACUGGCGCUGCGACAAUGAAAAGGAUUGUGACGACGGCUCUGAUGAGUUGAAUUGUCCAAAGCUGACCGAUAACGACUGUGGGGACAACAGCGAUGAGGCUGGGUGCCGGCACUCCUGCUCCAGCACUCAGUUCAAGUGUAACAGCGGCCGCUGCAUCCCAGAUUACUGGACGUGCGACGGCGAUAACGACUGUGGGGACUACAGCGACGAGACCCAUGCCAACUGCACUAACACGGCCACACGUCCACCCGGUGGUUGUCACACCGAUGAGUUUCAGUGUCGGAUGGACGGCCUGUGCAUCCCGCUGCGUUGGCGCUGUGACGGUGACACCGACUGCAUGGACAUGAGCGAUGAGAAGAACUGCGAGGGCGUCACACCCAUGUGUGAUCCAGCUGUCAAGUUUGGUUGCAGAGACUCCGCUCGCUGCAUCAGCAAAGCCUGGGUUUGUGACGGCGACAGCGACUGCGAGGACAACUCGGAUGAGGAAAACUGCGAAGCGCUGGUGUGUAAGCUCUCCCACCAUGUGUGUGCCAGCAACUCCACCAUCUGCCUGCCUGCAGAGAAAAUCUGCAAUGGCCACGACGACUGCCCAGAUGGCUCCGAUGAGAAACUCUGCGAUCUGUGCUCCAUGAACAACGGCGACUGCAGCCAUAACUGCACGGUGGCUCCCGGCGAGGGCAUGAUCUGCUCCUGUCCGCUGGGCAUGGAGCUGGGCUCCGACAACAAGACGUGUCAGAUCCAGAGUUUCUGCGCCAAGCACCUGAAGUGCAGUCAGCGCUGCGAACAGGACAAGUUCAGUGUGAAGUGCUCCUGUUACGACGGCUGGGAACUGGAGCCCGAUAUGGAGAACUGCAAGAGCAAAGAUCCAUUCAAACCAUUUAUUAUCUUCUCAAACCGCCAUGAAAUCCGGCGCAUUGAUCUGAACAAGGGGGAGUUCAGUGUCCUGGUGCCUGGCCUCAGAAACACCAUCGCCCUGGAUUUCCAUCUUAACCAGAGUUCCCUUUACUGGACUGACGUAGUGGAGGAUAAGAUCUAUCGUGGGAAGUUGUCUGAGAAUGGAGCUUUAACCAGCUUUGAUGUAGUGAUCCAGUAUGGGUUGGCUACACCCGAGGGUCUGGCAGUGGACUGGAUAGCAGGAAACAUUUACUGGGUGGAAAGCAACCUUGAUCAGAUCGAGGUGGCCAAGUUGGACGGCACUAUGAGGACUACUCUGCUGGCUGGGGAAGUGGAGCACCCUAGAGCUAUUGCUCUUGACCCCCGCGAUGGAAUCCUCUUCUGGACAGACUGGGAUGCCAGUUUGCCGAGGAUUGAGGCUGCAUCCAUGAGCGGAGAAGGCAGGAAGACGAUCCAUAAGGAGACGGGCAGCGGAGGAUGGCCUAACGGACUCACUGUGGAUUAUCUGGAGCGGCGCAUCCUCUGGAUUGAUGCCAGAUCCGAUGCCAUUUACUCUGCUAAGUACGAUGGUUCUGGAUUGAUUGAGGUCCUGAGAGGCCAUGAGUACCUCUCGCAUCCUUUCGCUGUCACCAUGUAUGGUGGAGAGGUUUACUGGACGGACUGGAGGACCAACACGCUGGCCAAGGCAAACAAGUGGACUGGGAACAACGUGACUGUGGUCCAGAGAACUAAUACGCAGCCCUUUGACCUGCAGGUCUACCAUCCAUCCAGACAACCACAAGCUCCAAACCCCUGUGCAGCCAAAGAUGGCAAAGAGCCCUGCUCCCACCUCUGCUUGAUCAACUACAAUCAGACGUUCUCGUGUGCAUGUCCCCACCUCAUGAAGCUGGGCCCCGACAAACGGACGUGCUUUGAGUCUCGCCAGUUUCUGCUUUACGCUCGACAAAUAGAGAUCAGGGGAGUGGACAUAGACAACCCGUACUACAACUACAUCAUCUCCUUCACUGUGCCGGACAUCGACAACGUGACUGUGGUGGACUACGACGCUCUGGAGCACCGCAUCUACUGGUCAGAUGUGCGGACACAAACGAUCAAGCGAGCUUUUAUUAAUGGGACCGGAGUCGAGACCGUGGUCUCUGCUGAUCUACCCAAUACGCACGGCCUGGCGGUGGACUGGGUGUCCAGGAACCUGUUCUGGACCAGCUAUGAUGCCAAUAAGAAACAGAUUAAUGUCGCCAGACUGGAUGGCUCCUUUAAAAACGCCGUCAUCCAGGGUUUGGACAAACCACACUGUCUAGUGAUGCAUCCAAUGCUGGGGAAGCUGUACUGGACAGACGGCGACAACAUCAGCAUGGCCAACACAGACGGCAGCAACCGCAGUGUCCUCUUCACCAACCAAAAAGGCCCUAUUGGCCUUUCCAUCGACUUUGACACGGCUCAGCUCUACUGGAUCAGCUCAGGAAACAGCACCAUCAACCGCUGCAACCUGGACGGCUCUGGACUGGAGGUGCUGGAAGGCACCAAGGGCAAGCUCAUCAAGGCUACAGCUCUUGCUAUUAUGGGGGAUAAGCUGUGGUGGGCGGACCAGGGAACCGACCAGAUCGGAACGUGUGAUAAAAAAGACGGUGGCAACUGGAAAGUCCUGAGGAACAGCACUUCGCCCAUGAUGCACAUGAAGAUCUACAACGAAACCGUGCAAAAAGGCACCAAUUUCUGCAGCAAAAACAAUGGAGACUGUUCCCAGCUGUGCCUCCCCACCUCCCACAACACCAGAGCCUGCAUGUGCACUGCAGGAUACAGCCUGCGAACCGGGCAGCAGUCCUGCGAGGGAGUGGGCUCCUUCCUUCUGUAUUCUGUUCAUGAAGGCAUUCGGGGUAUUCCUCUGGACCCUUCAGACAAGUCUGAUGCUCUGGUACCUGUCUCUGGCACCUCACUAGCUGUCGGCAUAGAUUUCCACGCUGAGAAUGAUACGAUCUACUGGGUGGAUAUGGGCCUGAGUACCAUCAGCAGGGCCAAGAGAGAUCAGACCUGGAGAGAAGACGUGAUUACCAACGGCAUCGGGAGAGUGGAGGGGAUCGCUGUGGACUGGAUAGCUGGAAACAUUUAUUGGACUGACCAAGGUUUCGAUGUGAUCGAGGUGGCUCGCCUGAAUGGCUCCUUCCGGUACGUGGUGAUCUCCCAGGGCCUGGACAAGCCACGCGCCAUCACCGUUCAUCCUGAGAAAGGCUACCUGUUCUGGACAGAGUGGGGUCAGUACCCCCGCAUCGAGCGGUCCCGCCUGGAUGGUUCACAGAGGGCGAUCCUGGUCAACGCUAGUAUCAGCUGGCCCAACGGGAUCUCCAUUGACUAUGAGGACGGUCUGCUGUACUGGUGUGAUGCCAGGACAGACAAGAUUGAGCGUAUAAACCUGGAGACUGGAGAAAACAGGGAGGUGGUGCUGGCCAGCAACAACAUGGACAUGUUCUCUGUGUCUGUGUUUGAGAGCUACAUCUACUGGAGUGAUAGGACACAUGCGAAUGGUUCCAUUAAAAGAGGCAGCAAGGAGAACGCCACAGACUCCGUCUCUCUGAGAACUGGGAUUGGUGUUCAGCUUAAAGACAUCAAGGUUUUCAACAGGGCCAGGCAGCAAGGAACAAAUGUGUGCAAAGUGAACAACGGUGGCUGCGAGCAGCUCUGCCUUUACCGCGGCAACGGCCAGCGCACUUGUGCCUGCGCUCACGGCAUGCUGGCCGAGGACGGCCGCGGCUGCCGCGACUACGACGGCUACCUUCUCUACUCGGAGCGCACCAUACUCAAGAGCGUCCACCUGUCGGACGAGAACAACCUGAACGCGCCCAUAAAGCCGUUCGAAGAUCCGGAGCACAUGAAGAACAUCAUCGCUCUCACCUUUGACUACAGAGGAGGCGGGGGAAAAGGAGCCAACCGCAUCUUCUUCAGCGACAUUCACUUUGGCAACAUCCAGCAGAUCAGCGACGACGGAUCGGACCGCAAAACCGUCGUAGAGAACGUGGGCUCUGUGGAGGGUUUGGCGUACCACAGGGGCUGGGAUAUGCUGUACUGGACCAGCUACACUACGUCAACCAUCACCCGCCACACCGUGGACCAAAGCCGCUGGGGCGCCGUCGACCGGAACACCGUGGUCACCAUGUCGGGAGACGACCACCCGAGGGCGUUCGUGCUUGACGAGUGUCAGAGCCUGAUGUUUUGGACCAACUGGAAUGAGCAGUCUCCCAGCAUCAUGCGCGCUACGCUGGCUGGUUCCAACGUCCUGGUGAUCAUCGGCACAGAUAUCAGGACCCCCAACGGGCUGGCCAUCGACCACCGAGCUGAGAAGCUUUAUUUCUCUGACGCCACCCUUGACAAGAUUGAGCGCUGCGAGUACGACGGCAGUCGGAGAUACGUGGUGCUGAAGAACGAGCCGGUCCAUCCGUUUGGCCUGGCUGUUUACGGAGACUACAUCUUCUGGACGGACUGGGUCAGGAGGGCUGUGCUUCGGGCCGACAAAUACACCGGGGGUGAAAUGAAGGUGUUGCGCGCCGACAUCCCCCAGCAGCCCAUGGGCAUUGUUGCCGUGGCCAACGACACAAACAGCUGUGAGUUCUCUCUGUGCCGAGUCCACAACGGAGGAUGUCAGGACCUGUGUCUGCUGAGCUCUGAAGGAAGAGUCACCUGCGGCUGCCGUGGCGAACGAAAGCUUUUGGAGGACAACACCUGCACCGGCGUCAACUCCACGUGUACAGGCGUUGAUGAGUUUGAGUGCGGAAACGGAGACUGCGUGAACUACACUCUGACUUGUGAUGGCAUGGCUCACUGCAAGGACAAGUCUGAUGAGAAACAGUCCUACUGUGCCAAUCGCGUGUGCAAGAAAGGCUACAGGCGGUGCACAAAUGGCCGCUGUGUGGGGCACAGCUCCUGGUGCAACGGGCAGGAUGACUGUGGAGACAAUUCGGAUGAAGUCUUCUGCAAUACCACGUUGUGCUCCGCCGACCAGUUCCAGUGCAGAGACGGAAGCUGCAUCUCCAACUCCAGCAAGUGUAACCAGAAGGUGGACUGCGAGGACGCGAGCGACGAGAUGAACUGUCCUCCCACGGACUGUUCCUCUUACUUCCAUCUGGGAGUGAAGAGUGUGAUGUUUCAGAAGUGUGAGUUCACCACGCUCUGCUACGCCCCCUCAUGGCAAUGCGACGGCGCCAACGACUGCGGAGACUUCUCAGAUGAAAGGAACUGCCCAGGGGCCGGCAGGACGAAGUGUCCGCUGCCCUUCUUUGCGUGCCCGAGCAACCGCUGCAUCCCCAUGAGCUGGACGUGCGACGGUGAAAAUGACUGCGAGAACGGUGCCGACGAAAUUAACUGUGACAAGGUCUGCUCACCGUCACAGUUUGAGUGCAAGAACCACCGCUGCAUUUUCAGCCGCUGGGUGUGUGACGGGGCUGACGACUGUGGCGACGGCAGCGACGAGGACGUUCACUGCAAGAAUAAAAGCUGCAGUCCGGGGACAUUUCGAUGUCCUGGGUCAAAUGUGUGCAUUCCUCAACGCUGGAAAUGCGACGGCGACAAAGACUGCCCGGAUGGCGUCGACGAGAGCGUCACAGCAGGAUGUGUCUUCAACGACACAUGCAGCGGGGACGAGUUCAUGUGCCAGAGCCGAGAGUGCAUCCCCAAGCACUUCGUGUGCGACCACGACAAAGACUGCAGAGACGGCUCCGACGAGUCCCCCGAGUGCCACUACCCGCCGUGCGGUCCCGACAGUUUCCGCUGCGCCAACGGGAGCUGUCUGCUCCACAAGUCCUGGGAGUGCGAUGGAGAGUUUGACUGCCACGACCAUUCAGACGAAGCGCCGAAAAACCCUCACUGCUCAAGUCCAGAAAAGAAAUGCAACGACACCGCGUACGCCUGCAGUAAUGGAAAGUGCAUCGCUGAGGCUCUGCUCUGUGACCAUAAGGACGACUGCGGCGACGGCUCUGAUGAGCUGAACUGCUUCAUCAACGAGUGUCUGAACAGUAAGCUGAGCGGCUGCUCGCAGCUCUGUGAGGACCUGAAGAAAGGCUUCAAGUGCCGCUGCCACCCAGGCUUCCGUCUCAAAGACGACAGGAAGACGUGCGUGGACAUAGACGAAUGCGUGACCUCUUACCCCUGCACCCAGCGCUGCAUCAACACCCAUGGCAGCUACCACUGUCUGUGUGUGGAGGGCUUCCAGCUCAGUCCAGAGAACCCAACGAUAUGCAAAUCUGUUUCUGACGAGGAGCCGUUCCUCAUCUUUGCCAACCGCUAUUACCUGAGGAAGCUCAACUUGGACGGCUCCAACUACACCCUGCUCAAACAGGGAUUAAACAACGCCGUGGCUCUGGACUUCGACUAUCGGCAGCAGAUGAUUUAUUGGACAGAUGUCAACACGCAGGGCAGCAUGAUCCGACGGAUGCACAUCAACGGCAGCAACGUUCAGGUUCUUCACCGCACGCUGCUCAACAAUCCUGACGGUCUGGCGGUGGACUGGGUCGGAGGAAACCUGUACUGGUGUGAUAAGGGACGGGACACUAUCGAGGUGUCAAAGCUGAACGGAGCGUACCGGACGGUUCUGGUCAAUAGCGGCCUGAGGGAGCCGCGCGCCAUCGCCGUGGACGUUCGCUACGGGUACUUGUACUGGUCUGACUGGGGCGACAACCCUCACAUUGGGAGGAUCGGGAUGGACGGCACCAACCGGAGUGUCAUCAUUAAGGAUAAAAUCACCUGGCCUAACGGCUUAGCCCUGGACUUCAUCAACGACCGCAUCUACUGGGCGGACGCUCGAGAGGACUACAUCGCGUUCGCCAGCAUGGAUGGAACCAGCAGACACACCGUUCUCUCUCAGGAUAUUCCUCAUAUCUUUGCCAUGACUCUGUUUGAGGAGUACAUCUACUGGACAGACUGGGAAACUAAAUCUAUCAACAGAGCUCAUAAGACACAGGGGACCAACAAGACGAUGCUGAUCAGCACCCUGCACAGACCGAUGGACAUCCACGUGUUCCACCCGUACCGCCAGCCUGACGUGGCCGGCCAUCCGUGUCAGAUAAACAACGGCGGCUGCAGUAACCUGUGUUUGCUCUCGCCUGGCGGGGGCUACAAGUGUGCGUGCCCCACCAACUUUUACCUGGCCGCAGACAGCAAACGCUGCCUGUCCAACUGCACGGCGAGCCAGUUUGUCUGCAAAAAUGACAAGUGCAUCCCAUUUUGGUGGAAGUGCGACACAGAGGACGACUGUGGGGAUCGCUCAGAUGAGCCCGCAGACUGCCCUGAGUUUAAGUGCAAGCCGGGUCAGUUCCAGUGCGGCACCGGCAUCUGCAUCAACCCUGCCUACAUCUGUGACGGAGACAACGACUGUCAGGACAGCUCUGACGAAGCCAACUGCGACAUUCACGUGUGCCUGCCGAGUCAGUUCAAGUGCACCCACCCCAACCGCUGCAUCCCAGGAAUCUUCCGCUGCAACGGCCAGGACAACUGCGGCGACGGGGAGGACGAAAAGGACUGCCCGGAGGUCACAUGUGCUCCCAACCAGUUCCAGUGUGCCAUGAGUAAGCGCUGCAUCCCGAGGGUCUGGGUCUGCGACCGGGACAACGACUGCGUGGACGGAUCCGACGAGCCCGCCAACUGCACUCAGAUGACGUGCGGCGUGGACGAGUUCCGCUGCAAGGACUCGGGCCGCUGCAUCCCGGCGCUCUGGAAGUGCGACGCCGAGGCGGACUGCAGCGACGCCUCCGACGAGCCCAAGGACGAGUGCGACGAGAGAACGUGCGAACCUUACCAGUUCCGCUGCAAGAACAACCGCUGCGUGCCCGGCCGCUGGCAGUGCGACUACGACAACGACUGCGGGGACAACUCAGACGAGGAGAAGUGCGUGCCUCGAAAGUGUUCAGAGAGCGAGUUUGCCUGCACAAAUGGCCGCUGCAUUGCUGGCCGCUGGAAGUGCGACGGGGACCACGACUGCGCCGACGGGUCAGACGAGGACGGCUGUGAAGUGUGGUGUGACAGAGAUGAGUUCCAGUGCCAAAGCGGCCACUGCAUUCCCAUCCGCUGGCGCUGCGAUUCCGAUGUCGACUGCGUAGAAGGCAGCGAUGAGGAGAACUGCGACAGUCCUGUGGACAAACACUGCUUCCACGAUGAAUUCCAGUGCAACAACACGCUGUGUAAGCCUCUUAACUGGGUGUGUGACGGCGAGGACGACUGCGGAGACAACUCUGAUGAGAACCCAGCAGAGUGCGUUAAAUUCCUGUGCCCACCCACGAGGCAGUUCCGUUGCCACAACGACCGGGUGUGUGUGCCGGUGUCGAAGCGCUGCGACGGCGUGAACAACUGUGGGGACAACAGUGACGAGCUCAACUGCCCAACACAUCCGCCGAAGCCAGUAUGCCAGAAGAACCAGUUCCAGUGCUCCGACGGUCGCUGCAUCAGCACCGAUCUGCUCUGCAACCACUUCAACGACUGCGAGGAUUACGGCUCCGACGAAAUGAGCUGUGAAAAGAAAGCAGACACGACGCUGAACGAAUGCCGCAGCAACGUGACCAUGUGCGGAGACGGAGACGAAGCGCACUGUGUGGUCAACGGCACAGUCUCCUUCUGCUCCUGCAAACCCGGCUUCCAGUCCAGCGGGCAGAACAGGUGCCAGGAUAAGAACGAGUGCAAGCAGUUUGGAGUUUGUUCCCACAUCUGCAACAACACCAAAGGCUCCCACAAGUGCAGCUGCCACAAGUAUUUCAGCAAAAUAAAUAACACCUGCAAGGCUGAUGCUCAGGGACAUGUGCUUUAUCUCGGGGACGACAAUGAGAUCCGCAGCCUGGACGCCUCUGUGCCAAACUGGCGCUACGAGCUGACCUUCCAGGGCGACGCCAACGUGCGCAUCGACGCCAUGGACCUGCACGUGAAGACCAAUCGCCUUUACUGGACCAACUGGCACAUAGGGCGCAUUUCUUACUUCGACCUGCCGUCCUCAUCCUCCUCUCAAAACAGCAACCGGAACAGACGCCAGACCGAUUCCCGGGUCAUCAACUUCGAGAUUCCAGGGCUGAAGAUGCCCCGAGGCAUUGCUGUGGACUGGGUGGCGGGGAACCUGUACUGGACCGACUCCGGCAGAGACGUCAUCGAGGUGGCGCAGAUGACCGGCGGACGGCACCACAAGACCCUGAUCUCUGGGAUGAUCGACGAGCCUCAUGCUAUUGUGGUUGACCCCCAGAGAGGGAAAAUGUACUGGGCCGACUGGGGCAACCAUCCCAAGAUAGAAACGGCGGCUAUGGACGGAACCAUGAGAGAGACGCUGGUUGAAGAAAACAUCCAGUGGCCAACUGGUUUGGCGGUUGACUACUUCAACGAGCGUCUGUACUGGGCCGACGCCAAACUUUCCCUGAUCUGCAGCGUGAGGCUGGACGGCAGCGACGUGGUGGUGGCUAUAAACGCACAAAACAAGCUCCGACAUCCGUUCAGCAUCGACGUCUUUGAGGACCACAUCUACGGCGUCACCUACAUGAACAACUCUGUGUUCAGAGUGAACAAGUUCGGGAGAGGACCCGUGGAGAACCUGGCGAACGGCGUGAACCACGCCACGGACCUGGUGCUGCACCACAGAUACAAGCAGCCCGAUGUGAACAAUCCCUGUGACAGGAAGAAGUGUGAGUGGCUCUGUCUGCUCAGCCCCAGCGGUCCGGUCUGCACGUGUCCCAACGGGCGCACCUUGGACAACGGCACCUGCGUGGAGCUGCCCACUCCCACGCUGUCUCCUCUCUCUCCCCCCAGCGGUCCCUGCAACAUCCAGUGCAUGAACGGCGGGAGCUGCAUCCUGAACGCCCACAAGCAGCCAAAGUGUCGCUGCCAGCCGAACUACAGAGGCGACCGAUGCGAGAUUGACCAGUGCAAGGACUACUGCAGGAACGGAGGCACAUGCACGCCCUCGUACGUCACAGGCUCGCCUACCUGCAGGUGCCCAACAGGAUUCACAGGACCCACCUGCAACCUGCACACAUGCAAGAAUUACUGCAAGAAUGGAGGCAACUGCACCGUCAAUGCCGGGAAUCAGCCCACCUGUCGCUGCCCUGCUGACUUCCUGGGCAACCAGUGCCAAUAUAGAAGCUGUGAAGGCCACUGCCUGAACGGCGGUACCUGCCUGCAGAGUGAGAGCGGCGCCAAGUCGUGCCGCUGUCGGCCGCAGUACAUCGGCGCCGCCUGCGAGAUCGACAAGUGUCACUACUGUCGGGACGGCGAGUGCAUCCCCAAGGAUGGCUUCGUCACUACGGGGGAUUUCACUUGUCGCUGCCCGAAUGGCAGAAACCAGCCCAGCUGUUACACGUGUGACCCCAAUGAGUACUGUGCGAACGGCCAGUGCUCUAUAAAUCCCAUCAGCCUCCUUCCAGAGUGCAGAUGCUCUGCUGGCUGGUCAGGGCAUCGCUGUGAGUCUGUGGCCAACACCGCAGAAAGCACCGGGUCAGGUGGACGCACAGCCUCCAUCGUGGUCACGGUGUUGAUCCUGCUGCUGCUGGUUCUCCUCACCGCAGGGGCCUUGUUGUGGUACAGGAAAAGAAUGAGAGGGUCUAGCCGGCCCGGAAAAACCGGCUCCAAGCGCUCGCGGGCGAAGGGCUUCCAGCACCAAAGGAUGACCAACGGGGCCAUGAACGUCGAGAUCGGAAACCCCGCGUACAAGAUCUACGAGGGCGAGCCGGACGAUGACGCCGGGGAGCUCCUGGAUGCAGAUUUCACUCUGGACCCAGACAAGCCCACCAACUUCACCAACCCUGUGUACGCCACCCUGUACAUGGGCGCUCACAACAGCCGCAACUCCCUGGCCAGCACAGACGAGAAGAAGGAGCUGCUGUCGCGUGGAGACGAGGAGCCCCUGGUGGACCCCCUGGCAUAGACUGUCCGUCACCUUCAUCAUAACUACUCCAAAACACACCAUUCUUCUUGCCUUUUAAAGAAAAGAAAAAAACUAAACUACAAAAAAAAAAAAA